UUGUCAGCAGAACUCCUGCUCGGGACUCGACACAUUUAUUCCGUCCGAUGUCAUCCCCGCUGCGAGUGGGGAGCUUCAUGCCCACGAUAAAAGAGAACGUCAUGACAUUUUUCUCAAUCGACUCUGCGCUUCCAGCUAGAUGUGUCCGUGGGGUAUUGCCCAACUAGAACUGUAGUCCUCACAUGCCCCAGGUCGCGAGGAGCUAAUCACUUUUUGUCAGCAGAACUCCUGCUCGGGACUCGACACAUUUAUUCCGUCCGAUGUCAUCUCCGCUGCGAGUGGGGAGCUGCAUGCCCACGAUAAAAUAGAGAACGUCAUGAUAUUUGAAUCCUUCAUCAGAGAAAGCUAUUCGAGCUCAAAACGACACAAGACAAUGGCCAUGAUAAAGAUACUCGUACAGAUCGCGAUGUGACUGGCCUCCAAAAGUGCUGCAAAAGACUUGAAGUAUUUUUCAAAACAAGAUUGUGAAAAAAAGCUGAGCGCUCGAGUGCGGCGAACACGGCCAAACGCCAUGUUUUCCUUGGUAACAUGACGUCAGCCACAUUAUCACCAUGGCGAGUUGCAGCGCUGAUCUUGAAGUACAGCGGCACCAGAAAAGUGUCCUUAUUCUACCUGAGAGCUGCCGCCCACACUGUGUGACACAUGAUCUCCGUAGCAGUUAGUGCAUGCAUGACCUGUACAGGCUGUAGCUGCGAGACGGCUUGAGAACAACAAUAAUUAAAAAAGGGAUUGUGCCACACAAUUACAACGCUCAGCUUCAACUAGUACUGCUACUGCUGUACCUACUCUGUGGUCAUCGUGCAGCGCAGGCGACAAUGGAUUCCAUGUUCGCGCGUCCUGGAUUGAGCCCAACCGUAGCAGAAAAGGCUCGAGUUGAGCUGAACGAGACAGAUCAGUCGCGAAUGACAGCACUCCAGGAGCUGAGAGAGAGGCUGCCCGAGCGAAUGGCUAAGAAAACAGACGUCGAGCUGAAGAAAUUCUUGCGCGUCGCCAAGCUCGAUGUUGGGAAAGCGCACUCUCGACUCGUUGCCUAUGACAAGUUUCGCAAAGAGCACUCGGAUAUGUUCGAGAACUUGACGGCCGAGGAAAUCCUGCCAGUUCUGGAGGCUGGAGUUCUGCUUGUGCUAAAGGAGCGCGACACGGAAGGCCGACGGAUUUUCAUCUUCAACUACAGUCGAUGGGACACGAGCAAAAUAUCGCUGCCGGACAUACAGCGAGCGUUUCUGUUUCUCAUGGAGGUGUUGAGCUUGGACGAGGAGACUCAAGUCGGAGGGAUGUAUUUCCUGCAAAACCUGGCGGACUAUUCGUUCACGCACUCGUAUCAGUUUACGCCGGCGCUACUACGACGUGCUCUCGUUGGCGUACAGACUUUUCCUGUGAGACUUGGCGGAGGAACGUUUGUAAACGAACCCUUCUACUACAGCGUGCUAUGGAAGCUCUGCAAACCCUUUAUGUCGGAGAAACUCCGCGAUCGGACGCAUUUCUGUGGGUCCAAUGUAGCUGCGAUCCAUGAGCACGUCAAUCCUGAUGCUCUACCAGAGUACUUUGGCGGCAAGGCUAACGAGGAAGAUAUCAUACAGACGCUGGUGGAGUUUGUACGCUCAUGCCCGCCUCUGGCUGCCUGGUGAUGCACAUGUGUACGUACGUGUGUGUGUAAGUGUAAGUGUGUGUACGUGUGUGUGUGUACGCGCGCACGCGUGCCGUCGCCUGUAUGAGUGUUUGUACAUGAGCUUUUGUGUGUGUACACCGCCAUCACCACCCGUACAUCCGCUUCACUUCAUAAGCGAUCAUGUCGCCAACUCCGGCAAGUGAAGACUUUGUCGCUUUCUUCGUCGUAGUUGGGUAGGUUAUUGCUAACGGAUGUCCAACACCUGUUCUGUGAUGCCGUGGACGAAACUAUUGCCUGACAUCUAGAAAGCUUAUCAUGAUUAAUAUUCUGACUUAUUUAUUGUGUUGGGGUGCCGAUUGUGCUGGUGUUACGCCAUCGUCCCUCAGGCUAACACGACACGGGACCGCUCCUGCUAUGUAAUGCACUCGCUAGUAAUUAGAACGUACGGGCUGGACUUCGUCAUCAUCUAUUUAUUUUCUGCCUGCUAUUCUAACGUAAGAGAAGAGAACAGAAGUAACCUCCCGACUUUUCUUAUAGUCCGCAAACUCCAACGCAGCCCCUUUCACAUUUAUAAAACUUCACGUCUAAACUCUAAGCUCCAAAACAGUCUCUUUACCGCGAUUCAGAUCAAAUUUUUAUUACCAAAUGUUCGCGCCUGGCCCAUCAUCCUUCCGACUUAUCCCAUCAUGAUCAUCUUGCUUACAUUGCACCACAUACGGCCGUCUUUAUUUUUCACCAAGCCUACACAACACCAUGGGGAAGAAACUUUCAUUAGCUGCCAAACAAUAAUUGUAAUCACAAUAGAUUUCUUUAUUUCUUCAAUAGAUUUCUUUAUUUCUUCAAUAGAUUUGUUAUCUAGUGAUUGGUGUAAUUGACGUAGAACUCGAGAAAAACAACAUUUUAGCCUCGUUCCAAUGCUACCUUGUGUUGGAGCAAUAGAUAAGUUAUAUUCAAAACUAUCCUGCAUUCAGUUCUUAUAAGACGAACACACAUCUUAUCAGUAUGAUCUUAAAUUACACAGUAGUAUUAUGAAUGUGCAGCCCUGGAUUUUAUCUGCCGUUUCCUCCGCUUCAAAUCUGGGUUUUUUUUACGCACACUCACUUUCGCCUUGCUCAUCUGUAAGGAAACCUCUUGCAAUUGGCACUCUUCACUUUCAUUUUUUCAGAUUUUUAGUUCUUCAUCCGUGCUACGUUGGUGACAUUCAGGAAUGUACUCUCUUU